AUGGUAAAGUUCGUUCUAGCGUCGGCCGUAUUGUGCUGUGCGUUGAGUUACGCCAUCGCUAGCUCCUGCUCGAAUCCGGAGGUGAAAUCUAACUUCUACUCCACCUCGGAUGCCACGAUCGUUAGCCAGAUCGGUUUUGUAACGGAGUUCACGCUUAAGUGUUCGAACGCCGGAGCAGAAAAGCUGCCCCUGUUCGCCGAAGUCCUUGGCAAGUUGGCUCCAGUUGUGCGCAUCGGAGAUAACAAGUACCAGGUCAGCUGGAAUGAGGAAAUUAAGAAAGCCAGCAGCGGAUCGUACGCAGUGCGUCUGUUCGAUGAAGAAUCCUAUGCGGCUGUCCGCAAAGCCCAGCGUGCCGGCGAAGACAUCCAGUCGGUGAAACCGCUCACGACCGUUACCGUGAAUUUCUCCGGUGCAUAUAAGGGACCGUGGGUAAACUCGGAAAUUCUCGCCACUGUGAUGGUUUUCUUCGUUGCAUACGUUGCUUUCACGACACGGUCUAAGCUUAUGGCGUAA